UUCUAAUCCUUUAUAUGUCACUCUCUUCGGGUUACUUAACGCUUACUCCAACCCCUGAACCGGUAAAGAAUAAAAAAAUCAGAGGCAAUUAAACAGAAUUCGCAUACGCAGGACAGCAGCAGUGAGACAGUGGGCUGCCUUUUCCUCUGGCCGAGGAAUUCUCUGGAAGCUUCAAGAAGCUCCCUGAGAUGGUCACCUGCCGUAGUUCUUAAGAUUGAUCAACUCCAGAACUUCCUACCGGGCAAAGCCCAUGUCUCUAGGAGGCUGUAAUCGCACCAAGGACACCUCCAACAGGUGAAUAGAUCCUCCAAACUGCUCAGAAACAUAUGACAGCAAGAAUAACCAAAUAUUUGGACUGGAUAAUACUCAGAAAAUCUCCAGAUGAGACUGCUUCAGCUAUUUUACUGCUACCUUGCACUAGGACGGUUAGCUAGUCUUCCAAAAAAAUCUUCUUCCAACUCUGAAUUGCCUUAUUAACACAUGCUAUCACCUUGAUCAGCCUAAACGCCUUAGAAAAAUGAUUUUACAAUCCUCAAGUCACACUAUAAAUUUUUGACAUUGAUUUCAAUGCAAACCACACCUGUAUGGCCCGCUUGGGAGGGGUGAUUUCUUUUAGAAAAUUCAAAAUCACAUCAAACCCUCCAAAUAACCAACGGAACUUGGUCGCCCAGCUGAGGUAAGAGCAAUGGAAAUGUACCUAGAAGCAGAUAAUUGAUGCCCUAGAAGAUGUGAGCCAAAAUGAGGGUUCAACUAUGCUGGAAGUGUAUGGCCAGGUGUGGUUGUGACAAUUUAUAGCUUGUGCUACUUUGGACAGAAGUGCAGUUAACAGAGACAAUGGGUUCCAGGACAUCAUUGAUUAUUCUUCGUGAAAUUUUUCCUCAGAUUGAUGAGCGAAUUAUUAAAGCGGUAACUCUGGAACAUGGCAAUGAUAUUGAUUCAGCAUUGGAAUUUAUCCUCAAUGAAGUUGUUCCAAAACAAAAUUCACAAAUAGUUACUGAAAAGUUUGAUAAAAAUUGUGUAAACAUUGAUCCACUACCAACUGAGACUGACACGAGGAUAGAUUUGGAGCAACAGCCUCGUGAUGAUGGUACUUCAGAACUUUUUGAUGAAAUCAUACUACCAGGAAAAAAUCCAAUUGAGUUUGCUGGGGCUUUUGCUGGAUCUUCUUCAUCAGUCAAUCUGUUGGCCGAGGAGAAAGCAUAUAAUGAAGUAAAAAUGAGAGACUUAGAGCAAUUUUAUGGGGAAAUCUGCAAUGGAGAAUCAAGCUUGUCUGGUGAAUAUGACAUAAGUCAUUCCAGAGGAGAGAUUGAAAAUAUGGGAUCCAGUUUUCAGGUAACUGGUAUGCAAUUCAGCAAGAAAAAUUCAGGCGAUAUUGAGGAUUCGGGUGUUGGUGAAUUUUGCUUUAAAGAAGAAACUGAUGAAAUAAACUCAAAGGGGAUAAGACCUGGAUUAAGCUUGUUAACUGGUAUGGAUUUGAGUAAGAACAAUUCAGGUAAUAUUGAGGAUCCCAGUUUUGGUAAUUUUAGUUUCAAAGAAAUAACAGAUGAUGUAUACUCGAAAAGGAUAAGCUCUGGAUUAAGCUUAAACUUGAUAAUUGGUACAGAUUUCAGCAAGAAGAAUUCAGGUGAUAUUGAGGAUUCCAAUUCUUGUAAUUUGAGCUUCAAAGAAGAAACUAAUGAGAUAAACUCGAAAGGGUUAAGUUCUGGAUUAAGCUUAAGCUUGAUUACUGGUACACAAUUCAGUAAGAGGAAUUUGGUUGAUGCUGCGGAUUCCAGUUCUGGUAAUACUAGCUUUAAUGAAGAAACGAAUGAGAUGAACUUAAAAGGGAUAAGAUCUAGAUUAAAUUUGAUAACUGGUAUGCAUUUCAGCAAUAAGAAUUCUAGUGAUAUUGAGGAUUCAAGUUGUGGUAAUUUUAGCUUCAAAGAAGAAACUGAUGAGAUAAGCUCAAAAGGAGUAAGAGCUGGCUUUAGCUUGAUUUGCGAUUCAGAAACUUCUACAGGCCAGCUUGCUUGUAGAAGCAUUGCAAAUGCCGCAAAUCCUGAAGGAGAAAAUCAAAGCAUGCAAGAAACGCUAGUAGGGGGAAUUAGUUUCCUACCAGCUUACAACGAAACAAUCAACUGUCUUGAUGCAAAGUCAAUCAUACCUGUUAGUGAUUGUGACUGCUUAGAAAAAGAAUUUAUGGACAAUUUUCAUAUUUCUCAGUCAGUUGGAGAUAACAUUGAUUAUUUGAGUGUCUGUAACAAAGAGAAUUCGAUAUACAUGGAGUUGGAUGCUAGAGAUUCAUAUAGCAGUGCCCAAAGUAGUGUACUUUCUUCUAAUUCCAGCUCUUGUCAGAUGGUUGACACUGAUUCUGUGGAGGGUGUUGUCUCUGAAGCAAGGAAAAACAAGGAAGCAUUGAUGGAAGGUAUGGAAUCAAUUCGCUCCCUGUGGACAAAGAUGCAACUUGAAGAGGCAGCAGCUCGUCGUGCCAAGGAAGAAGCAGCAAAAGGAGGCAUGGAAGUUUUUGCCAAGGUGGAGGAGUUAAGAAAAACAUUAGCAAGAGCAAAAGAAACCAAUGAUAUGCAUUCAGGAGAGGUAUACGGUGAGAGAGCAAUUCUAGCUACAGAGGCACGAGAACUUCGGUCCCGUAUAGCACAAUUGACAGCUGAAAAAGAUUCAGCACUUUGUAUGAUUGAUGAGAUGUGUAGAGUUUUGCAAGCGAGAUAUAGUGCUGCUAGAAAAGAGAGGGAAGCUGCCUUGGAGGAGAAAAUGAAAAAGGAAGAAACUGCAAGAAGAGCUCUUGCAUUGGAGGAAUUAAUGAUGGCCAAAGUGGCACAAGAUUCCAGGGGUCUUGAGCUAGAAGCAGAAACAAACACCAAGCUUAGGGAGUUUCUCAUAAAUCAGGGCGAUUGUGUAGAUGCACUGCAAGGCGAACUAUCUGUUCUAUAUCAAGAUGUUAAGGUGUUGAAAGAACAGAUUGAUAGCGGUAAUGCAAGUGGAUUUUUGAAUAUAAGACUGGCUGCAUCUCCCAGGUUUGAGGAUGUAAAUCGACAUUAUAAAAGCCUUGACAAGCUGGGUGAUUCCACCAAUUUUGAUGUUUCAAUUGCAAGUGAACAUCAGCUAGAUUGCAAGUCAUUUGGUGGUAAUGAUGAUAUCAAUGUUUCAGGGUUCGGUAUGCUAUAUAGCAGCCAUGAAUUGCGAGAUACUCAGAUAGAAAGUAAUGGUGUGUGUGAUUCCAUUGAAGAUAUGAAAACUUUAACUCCUGUUGCAAGUUGUGGACAGCUAUCAAACUCUGCACCUAAUACAGUUAUUCUCUCAACUGAUAGACUUCUGCAUCACCUUGCAGUUGGAGGGGAAAAAUCUACAGAUGAGGAAGAUAUGGUUUGCAAUCAUAGGAGCCUAGAAAAUUCACGCUAUUCUGGAGAUACUAGAAAAGAACAGUCAUUUGAGCAAUUGUCUGAUGAAGAUGGAUGGCAGAUGUUAGAUACAUGAUGAGGGAUUCAGUAAGUUGGGAUGACAAUAAUUAUUUUGCAGUGUCACAGUUUUGCUGUUUUGUUUACCAUCGCAGAAUUAUUCCUUUAGUCUUCGAUAUUUUAUUUUAAAUGCUGUUUGGCCUGCAAUUUUUGGAUGUGGUUAUAAGAUUGCAAUCAAUAUAGCCUGUAAAUUAUUUCUUGUCCUUGAGUGUGAAAGAUUCCAAGAUUUUGCUUCCUAUAUGGUAUUCUAGGACAAAUAUCCUAUUGAACUGAAUUGGGCUUGUGAAUCUGUAAUUGGUUCGAUUCUACACUGCUGGAUAAAAAUGUAUAAGCUAGUGUUUAAUUUGUAGGCAAUACAGAUAGCAGAGGAAUAAUGAAUUUUAUAAA